AUGAUGUACAUAAAGGGAAAUUAUUUAAGAUGGACACAAAUUGUUUUAUUUGCCACGAUUAUAUUUCCGACUAGAAUCAACGCUUCAGCAAAUAAUAUUAAACCUCGGACACAUUCUGGACAUUCUACCGAUUAUUCAGAUUACGAUGAGGACACUAGUAAUAAGGCUGUUAAAGACCAAGCAUCGGCGCAGGUGCCGUGCGGGGACUUCCGGCCUGGGGAAGACGAUCUACAAAUAAUCGAUUUCAUUAGAAAAUUUGGAUUGGAUUCGGCUGAAGAAAUAUACAAAAAAAGUGUAACCAAAGUGACAGGAUCUAACCGUUUUCAGACCGCUUAUAGGGUGGAAAAAACAGCACGUUUAUUAAUGCCCACAAGAAAUAUAUUUCCCUUGGGCAUACCUCAACAGUUUUCUUUUAUUGCUACCUUCAGCUCAAAAAUGGUAACCAGAGCACAGUGGCACAUACUUAAGAUUGUUGAUCAUCAGAACAGUACUAAUUUACAAAUUACACUGAAUCAAGUUGUAGGAGCUGUGGAGUUCUCUAUUGUUAAUUACAAUGGGUACUUGCAAACUGUUAAAUUUGAAGCAAACUAUAUUUUUGACAGAAAUUGGCACAAAUUACAUUUCGGGGUAUUUUACGAUAGAGUAGUACUUUAUAUAGACUGUAAACAAGUUGGUGUUAAAAUGUUGGAACCUAGAGGUACAGUGGAUAUGUUUGGUAAUACAGCUUUAGUGACAAAUAACGAAUACCAAGCAGCACCAGUGGAUGUACAAUGGAUAACACUUAGUUGUGAUCCAACGAAACCUCAACGGGAAGGAUGUGCAGAAUUGUAUCUAAUGAGAGAAGAAACUGUACAAAUUCAGCAGCCAGAUGUAGCUACUACUGGUAGUAAUUGUCCAUACCGAGAAAAUCAAUGCGCAAACAAACUUCCACCAAUUGUGAAUCAGAGUAAACCUGGACCACCGGGACCGCAAGGUCAAGAAGGGCCACGCGGACCAACAGGACCACAAGGCCCACCAGGUCAACCAGGAAUUCCAGGAGCGGAGGGCCCUCGAGGAUAUCCGGGUUUACAAGGUACACCAGGUAUACCAGCAUUGCCCGCUUUACAAGGAGAAAAAGGAGAACAAGGAGAACCUGGAAUUCAAGGUAAUAGAGGUGAACCUGGACUCCCUGGAACCAUAACUUAUAUUCCAGCUAAACCAGAAACACAAUAUAUAAGACCGGGAACACUUAGCACUCCAGGUGAAAAAGGAGACAGAGGAGAACCCGGAUUGCCAGGUUAUUCAGGAAAUGGUUUUACUGAAAAUGAGAUAAAAGAAAUGUGUAAAUCAAUUUUGAAAGAACAAUUAGCAGAACUAACAAACACCUUCAUUGGUCCACCUGGGCCUCCAGGUCGGUCAAUAAUAGGUAAACCAGGUCCACCAGGUAUCCAAGGUCCACCAGGGGAGCCUGGGUCACCAGGCUUAGGAAUGCCGGGUGAAAGAGGUUUUCCCGGAUCUCCUGGUAUGCAAGGGUCAACCGGUUCUGAAGGACCAGUUGGGCCAAAAGGAGAUAAAGGAGAGCGUGGAACCGAAGCUGUUGCAUAUGAAGGACCACCUGGACUACCCGGUCAACCAGGUCCAAGUGGAGCACAUGGCAGACCAGGAGAUAGAGGUGAACCAGGAAGACCGGGUCCAAUUGGUCCAAGUGGUUAUCCUGGACCUCAGGGUUCACCAGGAUACUGUGAAAUGUGUAAUAAUGCCUACUAUGCAGGUAGACCACCAACAGCAGGAAAUUUCAAAGGACCUUGA